AUGGUCACUGUGGGAACCUGGGAGUUCUACCUGGGGGACCGGAGACAGCGGAGUUAUCCCAAGAUCAGAGAAGCAGAACCAGAGAACACACGUGUGAGUCUAGAACCAGGCAUCAGAGAAGCAGAACCAGAGAACACACGUGUGAGUCUAGAACCAGGCAUCAGAGAAGCAGAACCAGAGAACACACGUGUGAGUCUAGAACCAGGCAUCAGAGAAGCAGAACCAGAGAACACACGUGUGAGUCUAGAACCAGGCAUCAGAGAAGCAGAACCAGAGAACACACGUGUGAGUCUAGAACCAGGCAUCAGAGAAGCAGAACCAGAGAACACACGUGUGAGUCUAGAACCAGGCAUCAGAGAACCAGAACCAGAGAACACACGUGUGAGUCUAGAACCAGGCAUCAGAGAAGCAGAACCAGAGAACACACGUGUGAGUCUAGAACCAGGCAUCAGAGAAGCAGAACCAGAGAACACACGUGUGAGUCUAGAACCGGGCAUCAGAGAAGCAGAACCAGAGAACACACGUGUGAGUCUAGAACCGGGCAUCAGAGAAGCAGAACCAGAGAACACACGUGUGAGUCUAGAACCAGGCAUCAGAGAAGCAGAACCAGAGAACACACGUGUGAGUCUAGAACCAGGCAUCAGAGAAGCAGAACCAGAGAACACACGUGUGAGUCUAGAACCAGGCAUCAGAGAAGCAGAACCAGAGAACACACGUGUGAGUCUAGAACCAGGCAUCAGAGAAGCAGAACCAGAGAACACACGUGUGAGUCUAGAACCAGGCAUCAGAGAAGCAGAACCAGAGAACACACGUGUGAGUCUAGAACCAGGCAUCAGAGAACCAGAACCAGAGAACACACGUGUGAGUCUAGAACCAGGCAUCAGAGAAGCAGAACCAGAGAACACACGUGUGAGUCUAGAACCAGGCAUCAGAGAAGCAGAACCAGAGAACACACGUGUGAGUCUAGAACCAGGCAUCAGAGAAGCAGAACCAGAGAACACACGUGUGAGUCUAGAACCAGGCAUCAGAGAACCAGAACCAGAGAACACACGUGUGAGUCUAGAACCAGGCAUCAGAGAAGCAGAACCAGAGAACACACGUGUGAGUCUAGAACCAGGCAUCAGAGAAGCAGAACCAGAGAACACACGUGUGAGUCUAGAACCAGGCAUCAGAGAACCAGAACCAGAGAACACACGUGUGAGUCUAGAACCAGGCAUCAGAGAAGCAGAACCAGAGAACACACGUGUGAGUCUAGAACCAGGCAUCAGAGAAGCAGAACCAGAGAACACACGUGUGAGUCUAGAACCAGGCAUCAGAGAAGCAGAACCAGAGAACACACGUGUGAGUCUAGAACCAGGCAUCAGAGAAGCAGAACCAGAGAACACACGUGUGAGUCUAGAACCAGGCAUCAGAGAAGCAGAACCAGAGAACACACGUGUGAGUCUAGAACCAGGCAUCAGAGAAGCAGAACCAGAGAACACACGUGUGAGUCUAGAACCAGGCAUCAGAGAAGCAGAACCAGAGAACACACGUGUGAGUCUAGAACCGGGCAUCAGACGCGCAGAGCUAUGGGAGCACUGA